AUGGUGAGCUUCAAGAUCUUCGGCGGGCUCCUCGCGUUCGGCGGGCUCGCCGCCUCGAGGUCCAUCCUCCACGAGGAGCGAGCAGCCUGGCCCAACGGCCCCUUGGUGACCUCGGGCAAGGACAUCCUCGACGCCUCGGGCCAGAGCCUCACGUACGCCGGCGUCAACUGGCCCGGCGCGGGCGAGGUCAUGAUCCCCGAGGGCCUGCAGUACCAGAGCAUCGAGACCAUCGUGUCCAAGAUCAAGAGCCUGGGCAUGAACGCGAUCCGGCUUACGUACGCCAUCCAGAUGAUCGACGAGAUCUACGCCAACAACGGCCAGGACGUCACGCUGCAGAAGGCCUUCGCGCAGGGGCUGGGGGCCACGGACGGGCCCAAGGUGCUGGCCAGGGUGCUGGCCAACAACCCUUCCUUCACGGCGUCGACCACGCGGCUGCAGGUGUUUGACGCCGUCGCGGCCGAGUGCGCGCGGCAGCAGAUCUACGUGCACCUCGACAACCACAUCUCCAAGGGCAAGUGGUGCUGCUCGACCAACGACGGCAACGGCUGGUGGGGGGACACCGAGUUCCCCGUGGCCAACUGGGCGCGCGGGCUGGCCUACAUGGCCGCCCACGGCAAGGCCUGGCCGGCGCUCAUGUCCAUGGCCCUGCGCAACGAGCCGCGGCAGCCCGACAGCGGGCCCGCGCGCGGCGACUACAGCUGGCAGUCGUGGUACAAGUACGUCCGGCAGGGCGCGGCGGCCAUCCACGAGGCCAACGCGGACGUGCUCAUCUUCCUGUCCGGGCUGGGCUACGACACCUUCGUGACGCCCGUGGUGCAGGGCACGGCGCUGACGCCGGGCCAGGGGCGGUUCAGCGCCGCCGACUUCCCGGCCGGCAAGAUCGUGCUCGAGAUCCACAACUACGAGAACGGGGCGACGAGCUGCGCGAGCCUGCGGGGCAACCUGGUGCGCAACGGCUUCGAGGCCAUGACGUCGGCCUCGGCGGCCAACAAGUUCCCCGUCCUGCUGACCGAGUUCGGCUUCCAGAUGGACGCGUCGACGUGGAGGGGUGUGUACGCCAGCUGCCUGGCCGACUUCCUGCCGGCCAACAAGGCGGGCUGGUUCCUGUGGGUGCUGGCCGGCAGCUACUACAUCCGGUCGGGCACGCACGACUACGAGGAGAGCUGGGGCCUGCUGUCGCACGACUGGUCGACCUGGCGCAGCCCGGACUAUGUCAACCAGGCGCUGAUCCCCAUGGUCCGGGGCACGCUGUCGUAG